UGAGACUUUUUUCAACACAAAAAUAAACAUAAUUUAUGUUUUAAGUAAGUAUGUUCCUGUUGGAAAUAAGUUGUAAAUAUUAUCAAUUUAACUUAUACACUCCCCCAGUAACCUACGAGUUGAGAAGGGCUCGGAUAUAGUUCAGUGAUGGAGAACUUGUCUAGCAUGUAUGAAGCCCUGAUUUCAGUCUCACACCCUUUAAAAAGAAUGAACAGAGAAAUCAAAGAUCAAUAUAAAAUAAACAACUCAACAGAUGCAUUUGCUUAGAUUCUGUAGUGGGUGCAGUAACUUCUUCAGACUCUGAGCGCCGCUAUUCACCUACGAAGAGCAAAACGCCGCCAGAGCUCAGUCGGGAUUCUCAGGGUCCAAAGGCUUAAAGCCUCUCAGUUCCCGCAAAACGGCUCCUGGGCUGCAACGAAAAUCACCCAGGAAUUUAAGGUGCUCCAUCCGAGACUCCUGAGGCCACAGAAAGAAGAAAAGAACCGGGUAAAACACACAGCGCGCCCGGCUGAUGGGAGAGAGCUUUGAGAAAAUUCCGUGGUCAGGAGACAAUGGCCGCACAAAGGAAUCUCUUAGAGCGCACCAAACUGGUCCUCCUUUUCCUGUGGAUGCCCUGGGAGUCCGCAGCUCGGCAGAUCCGCUACUCCAUUCCUGAAGAACUAGAAAAAGGCUCUUUUGUGGGCAACAUCUCCAAGGACCUGGGGCUGGAGCCCCGCGAGCUGGCGGAGCGCGGGGUCCGCAUCGUCUCCAGAGGUAGGUCGCAGCUUUUCUCUCUGAACCCGCGAGGCGGCAGCUUGGUCACUGCAGGCAGGAUAGACCGGGAGGAGCUGUGCGCUCAGAGCGCGCCCUGUCUCCUCAGCUUUAACAUCCUUGUGGAAGACAGGGUGAAACUUUUCGGGAUAGAGAUAGAGGUAACGGAUGUCAAUGACAAUGCGCCAAAAUUCCAAGCAGAAACUCUAGAUGUAAAAAUUAAUGAAAAUGUCGCAUCAGGGAUGCGUUUUCCUCUCCCGGAAGCUAUUGAUCCGGAUGUGGGCGUGAACUCUCUGCAGAGCUACCAGCUCAGCCCCAAUAAGCACUUCUCCCUAGGCGUUCAGAGUCGUGCUAACGGCGUCAAGUAUCCAGAGCUCGUGCUGGAGCACGCCCUAGAUCGUGAGGAAGAGGCCAUUCACCACCUGGUCCUCGUGGCCUCUGACGGUGGUAACCCUCCCAGAUCCGGCACGGUCCUCAUCACUGUGACUGUCUUUGAUACAAAUGACAAUGCUCCAAUCUUCACCUCGCCUGAAUACCGAGUGAAUAUUCCAGAGAACUUGCCUGUGGGCACGCCGCUGCUAAAAGUGACUGCCACCGACAAGGACGAAGGCGCCAAUGGAGAAGUGACAUACUCCUUCCGAAAAUUACAGGACACACAACUGUUGAAAUUCCAGCUGGACAAAAGUACUGGGGAGAUAAAAAUAUCUGAAAAUCUAGACUACGAAGAAAUGAGUUUCUAUGAAAUAGAAAUCCAAGCUGAAGAUGGAGGGGCCUAUCUUGCAACUGCCAAAGUGUUGGUUACAGUAGAAGACGUAAACGACAACACUCCGGAGGUGACCAUCACCUCUCUCUUUAGUCCAGUGGCUGAAGACUCGCCUGUGGGAACUGUCAUAGCCCUUUUGAACGUGCAUGAUUUAGACUCUGGGCAGAACGGAGAGGUAACCUGUUCCCUCUCAGGGAAUCUGCCGUUUAAAUUAGAAAAGUCCAUUGACAGUUACUAUAGACUAGUGACAGAAAGAGCCCUUGACAGGGAGCGGGUGUCCUCUUACAACAUCACAGUAACAGCCGCGGAUGGCGGGUUUCCGCCUUUGUCGACCAAAGCUCACUUCACUCUGCACGUGGCGGACAUCAACGACAACCCACCCACCUUCUCUCAGGCCUCCUACUUUACCUAUAUCCCAGAGAACAACCCCAGGGGCGCCUCCAUCUUCUCGGUGACCGCCCUGGAUCCCGAUAGCAAAGAGAACGCCCAGAUCGUUUACUCUCUGGCUGAAGACACCAUCGAGGGGGCACCGCUUUCUUCCUACAUAUCCAUCAACUCAGACACUGGCAUCCUGUAUGCGCUCUGGUCCUUUGACUAUGAGCAGUUUCGUGAACUGCGGGUGCAGGUGACUGCCAGUGACAGCGGGAAGCCUCCCCUCAGCAGUAACGCGUCAUUGACCCUGUUUGUGCUGGAUCAGAACGACAACUCCCCGGAAAUCUUGUACCCGCCACCCACCGAUGGCUCUACUGGUGUAGAGCUUGCUCCCCGAUCAGCAGCUGGCUAUCUGGUGACCAAGGUGGUGGCGGUGGACAGAGACUCGGGACAGAACGCCUGGCUGUCCUACCGCCUGAUCAAGGCCAGCGAACCUGGGCUCUUCUCGGUGGGGCUGCACACGGGCGAGGUGCGCACCGCGCGGGCCCUGCUGGACAGAGAUGCCCUCAAGCAGAGUCUGGUGGUGUCUGUGCAGGACCACGGCCAGCCCCCUCUCUCCGCCACGGUCACUUUGACUGUUGCAGUAGCCGACAGCAUCCCUGAUGUUCUGGCAGACUUGGGCAACCUGGAGCCACCGCAGGACUCUGAAGCCUCAAGCCUCACCCUCUACCUAGUCGUGGCCGUGGCAGCGGUCUCCUGUGUUUUUCUCGCCUUUGUCAUUGUGCUGUUGGCUCUCAAACUUCGGCGCUGGCACAAGUCUCACGCGCUUCAGUCUUCGAGAGAUGGAUUGGGUGGCCUGCCUGCCUCUCAGUAUGUGGGCGUGGACGGGGUGCGCGCUUUCUUGCAGACCUAUUCGCACGAGGUUUCCCUAACUGCUGAUUCGAGCAAGAGUCACCUGAUCUUCCCGCAGCCCAACUACGCAGACACGCUCAUCAGCCAGGAGAGCUGCGAGAAAAAAGAUCCUUUGUCUCUGUUAGAUGAUUCGAAGUGCCCUGUAGAAGAUGCCCCGCUGGUGCCAGUGAGUGCUGAUUUUACCUUUUCUUUAAACAAUUAUGAUCAGAUCUACAUUUAGGCUUGAAUCCAGGUGGUGGAAAUAUUAGAUCUCUUUUAAACCACCGUUCCGGUGACACUUGCCUCUCGCUAAAACAUUAAAGAGUUGAAUCUGGUGGUUAAGACUGUUUGGAAACUGUCAUGAAAAUCACCCAGAUUGCCAUAAGGUUGUUAUGAAUAGCCAUGCAGAACCUUGUGUCGCUGAGCACAACAUUGGCGGUUCCUAAAAGGGAACUAACUUCCUAUAGAAGUGUCUGUUGGUUGCGCUGCAACCCUACUGGUUUAGACAGCUCUUUUGAAGGCAAGUGUGUCAAAAUUAGGUAAACGUCAGAAACAAAUGCAUUAGCCCCACCAGAUACACAAGCCACAUCCAAGGCUGUUCACUGUAGUUCUUUGAGGACAACGUCAGUAUGUUUUUGCAGUUAUAUUUCUCAAACAAUACUUUAUAUACUCCUUAGAGAUUUUAAGUUAUUCGUUGAUAUUCAAUCAACAAUUCAUAACUACGUGCUUAGAAUCUUUAUAAGCAAAAUCAUACCCAUAUGGCUUUCCUUUUGCAUAUAAUUAUGUAACCUCUUACUAUAUGAGAGAUACAGGCUUUUAAUUUGACUUUCCUUGCCCAAUGAGGAUUCUAAGAAUUUAUACGGUUGAAUUGAGAUUUUGGAUUCUCUUUGUCUUUUUUUCCCCCUUCAAAAUUAAACAUGUCAGUAAUUAAGGCUAACAUGUAAAUAUGGAUUGGGGGUGGGCAAUGUCUGUGUUCCCAAGAACAGAAGCUAAACGUGUGAUAAGGGUAUUUCUCUUUAAUGUAGAAGAAAACUCAGAGGUAACGCAAAAGCACUGGGACUGAACUUUCAGAUAAACUAAGAGCCAAGAGCAAAGGAAGAAAAGGCAGUUCUUCGGGAGGGUCAGAAUUUAAGCAAAGAUGGGCAUGAAACCCUUCUAAGUCAAUGAUUGGUGGAGGUACUGGUGAGCACAUUUAGUUCAAGAAAACGGUGAUGCAUUUGGUUCGAACUUUGGAUUUAUUAUUACUCUACAGAAAUUACUAGAAAAAGGAGUGUUCUACCAAGUCUCACAAUACAUCUGAGACCCUGACAUUUUUGUGUCAACACUUGGUUAACUGUAGAUUCAUGGAAGGUAAGUACACAUUCUGGAGUUAUAAUACAAUUUACUCAUUGAAACUAUUGCUCCACAUCUUUCCCCCACAAGAGUAAUAAUUAUUAUGUAUAUAUUUCAGUCCGUUAUUUGAAAAAAAAAGCAAGCUUCAACAGCACUCUUUUGACGUUGUAAAGAGUCUAUUAAAAUUCUUAGGGAUAGAGGGAAGGCUCAGUGGUUGGGAGCAUUGAUUGCUCUUCCAGAGGACCCGGGUUCAGCUCCUAGCACUCAC